AUAAAAAAAAAACUAUAUAAUAUAUUUUUUCAUAGAAUAUUUAUCUUAGUUUUAUGGUCUAUUAUAUACUUAUUGAAAAUAUCUUUUAAUCGGAUAGACAUUAAACGGAACCAUACCAAAAAAAAGGGACUCACUCAUCGACAACUACCGGAGAUGCUCGUAAUUGGACCGGCAACCGCCGUUCCCAUUCCCGCCGGCCGCUUUACUCGGGGCUGCUGUCUUCUUUCGAAAUCAAGCAACGUUUUCGUUCCCUGGAAUACGAUUACGAGAAAUAAUAAUUUGACAAAGGAUGGAAUUAGAGCUUCCGCCGGGCAGCUGUUAGGUCCUGUUGAACAGGCAAAGCCUCAGCUGUAUCAUCCGUUAGAGGACAUUUCAGAUUGUGAAGAAUCGGAUGAGAAUGGGGACGCCAUACUUAAACCUGCUGAAACUAGUCGGACUAUUAUCGAGACGAACAGCAAAGGUUUGCUUAUGUUCUCAGGUCUGGUCAGUGAUGAGGUCUAUGAGAAUGUGUUCUUGCCUGAUUUGCCUUAUGUCAAGGGUGAACAUGGAAAUAUAUAUUUCCAAGUGAAGAAUGAUGAAGAUGUUCUGCAAGCUCUUGCUUAUGGGGAUAACCUUGUGCAAGUCAUAAUAGGCUUAGACACCACAGAAAUGGUGAAUGAGAUGGAGUCAUUAGGUCAAUCAGACGAUGAUUCUGAUUUUGAGGAUGAAGAUAGUGAUUUUGAAGAUGAUGAAAGUGACAACUAUGGAAAGGAUUGGGUUUCAGUUCUAGAUGAUGGGGAUGAAGAUUCUGAUAGGUCCCUUGGUGAUUGGGCAAAAUUGGAAACCAUGCGAUUGUCCCAUCCAAUAGAUUUUGCUAAACAGCUGGCAGAUUUUGUAUCAGAGGUUCCUAUAAACUACAUGGAAAAGCCUCCUUCUGGGAUUUCUAUUCAUGGCCUUCUGAGACCUGCAUUUGUUGGAGAGAAUUCAAAACAAGAAUUGCAGAAGGAUGAGAGCUUUGGAAAUGGGACUUCAUAUUAUAAGUUAGAAAUGAUCAAAAUGCAAUUGAUUUCAGCACAUGGAAAUCAGGCUUAUGUUGAAGUGGAAGAUUUUAGCAGGUCUGGACCCGAUGCAGUUGCACAUUCAGCUGAUAAAAUAAUAUCUCGGGUAAAAUCUGGUGGAGAUAAAAUGACACAUGCUUUUAAAUCGUUAUGUUGGAGAUGCAAAGGCAUUCAAGUGGAGGAGGUAGCUCUUAUUGGUGUUGACAGCCUUGGAUUUUACUUACGAGUGUGUUCUGGUAGACAAGUUGAGACAUUACGGUUCACAUUUAAGAAUCGGGCGUCCUCAGAGUAUGGUGUUGAGAGCCAGUUGAAUGGAUUGCUCUUCCCUUUAACCACGAGCCAGCAGCUGAAGAAAGAAGUUAAACUAUGAGUGAUAUAGCAUACAGGUGUAAAAUAACUAACAAAAACAAAUAUCUUAAUAACAUUUAAUGAUUUAUGAUAUGUUAAGUGAUUUGUUUUUUACAUAAUCAGUAUUUUUAAAUUACAUGAUUAAAGAUAUGAAGAUAUAACUAGUUACUAUAUAUUUCAUCAACAACAAACACUAAGAAUUUCAUUAAAGGGGGACACAGGAUGUAGACGUCGACAGACGACAGUCAUUCCUCCACCAGGGGUGAGUGACUGUGUCACAGGAAGACCUCUGACAUGAGCAAAAUGGAAACCUCUACGUCUGUCUAACGCCUACAAUGCAGUGUACGUAAACGUUAAACCUAAAAGUAUGACUUGUAAAUGAGUGGUAACACAAUUAGUAAUAGAUUUUUCUUUUGUACAUACAAAUAGUUAAAACUCUUCUAUUUAUUUAUAUUAAAUUAUUUAAAUUACAAAUAAAUUUUUUCGAAGUUUUCACUCUAUCUAUAGAAAUUCACGAAUUGCUCAUCUAUCAAUACAAUUUAGACACUGUCAAAGUGCAUACAAAUCCAUACGAUCUCUAUGUGGGUUAGUGGGUGACGUUGCACCCCUAAAAUUAGUAUAUUUCAACUUAAAAAAAAAAAAACUAC